AUGGCCCUGCUGGCUCCGGAGGUGCCGAUGCCUGACGCAGCUGCUGAGGUACCCAAGGCUCAGGAGCCCCCAGUCUCCCGAGCCGUGGUUCCACUGCCUCCUCCUCCUCCUGCGCCGCCGGUUCCGGGUUCUUCUGCCUCCUCCGAUGUCUUGGACCGCGCCCUUUCCGAGGUGGUCCAGCUGCGAGAAGACCUCCAGGGCACCGACUCCCUGAUACGUCUCCAACCCGGGCGCCUGGAGCUGGUCUCCGGCUGGCUUCAUUCUGACGCCUCUGUCCGAGCGGCGCUGAGGCAGACCGCGGCAGCUUCUGAGGAGGAGAAGCAGGCCGCCACCCAGGCCGCAGCUGCUCGCGAGGCGGCAUUGAAGGAUGCCGCGGCCGCCCAGGACUGCUGCAAGGUGGAGGCUGAGCUGAAGGAUCUGCGCGACAAGCAAGCCGAAGAAGCUCGUGGCCGCCGAGCGGAGGAGGAGAAGAUGAAGGCUCGGGAGGACGCCGUCAGGGACCGCGACACCGAGCUUACGCGGUUGGCGGAGGAGCAGACCACUGAGCGCGGCCGGCUGGAAACGCUGGAGCAGAAGUUGAGCGCAGAGAGGGCCGAGCUGGACGCCAAGGCGAAGGCGCUUGAGGAAGUCGUGAGCGGCGUCGGCCCCAUGGCCGAGGUAGAAGCUCGCGUCCUUUCUUCCGCAGCGCUGACGCGCGUCUUCAGCCACCUCCGCCUCCGUGACCCUGACGCCAACCUUGCCGAGCUGCUGGAGCCUGUGGACGUCGAGCGCUACGCCGCUGCUGCUGAAGCCGUGAAGGGCCAGGUGGAGGCCUUGCUGGGGAAGUUCCGCGCCUUCGCUCCUGCACCCACGGCAGGCGGUGCUGCUGAUCCUGCGGCCUCGGGAGGUGGAGCUGGUGAAGGCAAUACCACCACGGGGGUGGAGCCCCUCGCGAACGACGGCGUUGUCCAAGGGUGA